UGAUGAAGGACACCGUGGCCCGAGGCCCUUGAGCUACAAGCAGCCCAAGAGGUGCCAGCAUGGGCCGCGAACUGCACGCACCUUGCCUGCUACUCCUCACCUGGCUCCCAGCAGGGUGUCUGUCCUUGCUGGUCACAGUCCAGCACACAGAACGCUAUGUCACCCUGUUUGCUUCUGUCACCCUCAAAUGUGACUACACCACCUCUGCUCAGCUCCAGGAUGUGGUGGUGACCUGGCGCUUCAAGUCCUUCUGCAAGGACCCCAUCUUUGACUACUUCUCUGCCUCAUACCAGGCAGCUUUAUCCCUCGGCCAGGACCCCUCCAAUGAUUGCAAUGACAACCAGAGGGAAGUUCGCAUUGUGGCCCAGAGGCGGGGGCAGAAUGAGCCUGUGCUGGGGGUGGAUUACCGGCAGCGCAAGAUCACCAUCCAGAACCGAGCCGAUCUGGUGAUUAAUGAAGUGAUGUGGUGGGACCAUGGAGUAUACUAUUGCACCAUUGAGGCUCCAGGAGACACGUCAGGAGACCCAGAUAAGGAGGUGAAGCUCGUUGUCCUGCACUGGCUGACAGUAAUCUUCAUCAUCCUUGGAGCCCUCCUCCUGCUGCUGCUGAUUGGUGUAUGCUGGUGCCAGUGCUGUCCUCAGUACUGCUGCUGCUACAUCCGCUGUCCCUGCUGUCCCACCCGCUGCUGCUGCCCUGAAGCAGCCCUGGCCCGCCAUCGCUACAUGAAGCAGGCUCAGGCCCUAGGUCCUCAGAUGCUGGAAAAACCUCUGUACUGGGGGGCAGACAGGAGUUCCCAGGUUUCAUCCUAUGCAAUGAACCCGCUGCUGCAGCGAGAUUUGUCCUUGCGGUCCAGCUUCCCACAGAUGCCCAUGAACCAAAACGCCGCUCACCCUCCCAUCGCCAAUGGUGUUCUGGAGUAUCUGGAGAAAGAGCUAAGAAACCUCAACCCAGCCCAACCUCUGCCGCAGGAUCUCGGAGCUAGACCUGGCCAUCCCUGUAGCAUGCUGUCCUCCCUGGGCUCCGAGGUCGUGGAACGCAGAGUUAUCCACCUGCCCCCGCUGAUCAGAGACCCGGUGUCCUCCAGGACCAGCUACACCUCACACCAGCAGUGGCUCAGCUCUGUUCCCUCCAGACCCUGGGAUCUGAGCGAGGGCAGGAGGCAGCGCCAUCAUACGGAUUUCCUUCAGGAGCUCCAAGACCGGGGGCCCAGACCCUGGGCGCUGGGGAGAAGGGAGCUGGAUCCCCAUUGGAGUGGGAGGCAACAUCGCUCCAGGCGCAACGGGUCCCCCACGCCCUGGUCAGACUGGGACAGCCUGAGCGAAGGCCCCUCGUCCAGUGAGGCCCGUUGGUCCCACAGCCACCCAGCAGUCAGGAGCCACCGAGGGGAGAGGCCCCGCAGGCCUGAGUCCGGGGAGGAUGCUCCCAGGCGGGGAAGACGCAGGCACCGCAGCUACUCUCCACCCUCGGGUCCCAGUUCUUGGAGCUCCGAGGAGGAGAAGGAGCAGAUGCCCAGGAACUGGGGGGACCAGCAUCGCCGCCGCUCGCACUCCCCAAACUGGCCAGAGGAGAAGCCACCCAGCUACCGCUCUCUGGAUGUCACUCCAGGCAAGAAUGGCAAGAAAAAAGGGAGUGUGGAGAGGCACUCGGAGAGAGAGAGCUCCCAUAGUGGAAGGAGUGUGGUCAUUUAGUCUCCUGGCUCGACUCUACUUCUGUGGUUUUCAGAUCCCAUUGUGUCCUCAGCAUCAUCAAAAUUUCCAGCUUCUUUGGGAAGGACAUUCAAGUCUGCUUCUCACCAUUUGGGCUUAGAUUCUGUGACUCAAAUAGAAGAAUUUUCAAAACAGGAGUUUGUAGGAUUAAUGACAAGCUUUACCCUUGGCUCAUGCUCUGCACAUGUAUUUGAUCCCUGACUUGUAAGGGAUCCCCAUGAGGAUAUGAUCCCUCUGGAAUGUAACAGCCUUAGUGACCUGAGUUUUCAAGUAGGUUGUGGUGCCCAGGACCAUGAUAUUCAGAAUGAGAACUCAGGAAUCUUUACGAAGAAAUCAAACAUGUUGCCAGGACAGGAAAUCUAUGGAAUAUUCUGGGGGAGAUUCCCAUGAGAAUUUGUCUCCCUUUUUCACACAUCUUGAGGGUCUUUCCAUGUUAAGAGUCCCCACCUUCAGUCCUGAGCACUCCUGAGUUUCCAGUCAGCUUGCACAGAAAUUCCACAGGCUGCCCUUUCACAGGCUAAUUAUUGUAGACUAUAAAAACUACAGGGAAGCAGUUUUACCCCAACUUUAUUCCUGUUUCUUAUUUCCUUCUUAUUCUUUUCCUCUACAUCUAAUUUAUUUUCUUAUGUAUUUGGUAUCCAUUAAAAUUACUUUAAAUACUUUCUGGCCAUCGCACAGUUUAAAUAAGAAAAAAGUAAAUAUAAUGGGCUAAAGAUUCUGUCCUAAAUAAA